GAGUGGAAAGGGAGGCUUUGACGCGUUUACAGAAGACUCCAAAAGAGCACGUAGAAAAAAAUCAGAGGAGGCCGAUUUUUCUUUCACGAAGAAAAGAGACACACGACACUGAACAGGAAGCGCGGUGUUACUUCAUCUGCAUGUUCAUCGCUGCCGCACCACCAUCGCACGUUGCCUAGCCUCGCCGUUGAUACUGUGCCACCUCCAGCCAAUCCCAAGCGUUCCUGCAGCAACUCCGGCAGACUUCAAGCGACUCGGGCAACCUCCAGUAGCCUCCGUAGGCGAUCCCCAAGCAACCCGCGUUCAGCAGUCUCGGCAAGGCGUCUAGCGGUGGUCCCAACGGCUCAGUCACUGUCCAGCAGCUUUACAACAACAAGCAUUCGCCAUCGCCGAUCAAGUCAACACUCGUAUCAGCAUCCAGCUGCUCUGUCGCGCCAAACCAGUGAAUGUCAAGCAAUCCACAGCCCGGCAAGGGAGUUCCAACGGGUUCCCAUUGACAGUCCAGUCUUGUGGUCACCUUGUCGAUUUCCUGGAGGCAGCAGCUACAACACAUCUUUUUUCCGCAGUCAAGUUUCGGUUAGAUACGUUGAUUUCCAGGCUUCGCAGAGAACUUUAGUCGCGUCCAGCAGUCCUCACGGCCGAGUUCGCUAUAAGUCCGGUCUCAUCGUCUCCGCCCCCUAUUUGCUGCUCCAGUUUUCCGGCGGUUUACAAAACUCUCUGGUGGCCUCCGAGCAUUGACACCAACGGCAGCCAGCCACCGUGAUUGAUAUUGCCGCCGGUCCAGUUUUAGGAAACAAAAUUUUCGAACUAGCUUCCAAGAAGAUGACAGUCUUAGCCUUCACAAAGUUGCUUGUGCUCUUCACUCUCUACCAACUGGCUCUUCCAAUCUCCUGCAGAGCCAACCAAUUAGACAACCUCAAAAAGCUGAUUGAAUCCCGAAAAUCCCGCAACCCUCCUAAUUCCAAACCAUGGAACUUGGAGAAGGCUUCGUGUGUUUAUGUUGGACCUCAGGAAGGACUGAUGAAGGCGGACAAGAUCACUGCUUUGCCCGGACAACCGGACAGAGUGGAUUUUGAUCAGUACUCGGGGUACGUCACGGUCGACCCAAAGGCCGGAAGGGCGCUGUUCUAUUAUUUCGUGGAGUCUCCUCGGAAUUCUUCCACCAAGCCUCUGGUGCUGUGGCUCAAUGGAGGUCCCGGAUGCUCAUCCCUCGGCUAUGGAGCUAUGGAAGAACUAGGACCUUUCAGAGUCCACAGUGACGGGAAGACUCUUUACCGAAACGACUAUGCCUGGAGCAAUGUGGCAAAUGUGAUCUUCUUGGAGUCCCCCGCCGGAGUCGGGUUUUCAUAUUCAAACACGUCCUCCGACUAUGCAAAAACAGGGGACAAUAGCACUGCAGACGACUCCUAUACGUUCCUUGUGAAUUGGCUUGAGAGGUUCCCCCAGUACAAAACCCGAGAUUUCUACAUUACUGGGGAGAGCUAUGCGGGUCACUACGUGCCUCAACUUGCUUAUACGAUUGUCUCAAGGAAUAAGAAUCCGAAUCAAAUGCGCAUCAACCUUAAAGGCAUCGCAAUCGGAAAUGCAUGGGUAGACGACAAUACGUGCCUGAAGGGAAUGUAUGAGUAUUUCUGGACACAUGCCUUGAACUCAGAUGAAACACACGCGGGAAUAAUGAAGAAUUGUGAUUUUGUUGCCGGGAAAUUUUCAAUCGCCUGUGAGGAAUAUCAAAAUAGAGGUCAUCAAGAGCAUGGUGAUCUAGAUAUCUACAACAUUUAUGCCCCAUUCUGCAACCCAACGGGACCUAAAUCUAGGUCAUCCGAUUCUGUUCAUGACUUUGACCCUUGUUCUGAUGAUUAUGUCGACUCGUAUCUAAAUCGUCCGGAAGUUCAAUUGGCUCUUCAUGCAAAACCUACACAAUGGUCCUUUUGCGGUGACUUUCCUUGGACAGACAGCCCGGCAACCAUUCUACCAACAAUCCAACAACUCAUAGCAAGCGGAAUUCAUAUAUGGGUAUAUAGUGGCGACAUUGAUGGGCGAGUUCCAGUGACAUCAUCUAGAUACUCUGUGAAUGCCUUAAACCUUCCAGUUGAAACAGCUUGGCGUCCAUGGUAUACCAAUGGCGAGGUCGGAGGAUAUGUAGUUGGAUAUAAAGGGGUGACAUUAACUACAAUCCGAGGUGCUGGACACACAGUUCCAAGCUACGAACCAGAGCGAGCACUGACCUUCAUUUCGGCUUUCCUUCAGGGACAACUUCCUCCAGUCUCUUAGGAAACCAUCUUACACUCUAUCAAGGCCACAAUAUGUGAUUACUUGGUUGCACUUCAAUAUGAAUAGCAUGAAUAGUUCCAUACAUGACUCUAGAUAGCCUCUUGGAAGGCAUUUGUAUGAACUUUAUCAAUGUUAAGAUGGGCAAUUGAUGUAAUUUUAGAGGA